AUGUCUCAGAAAUGGGCUCAGAUAGUUGCCCGCCACGAUCCAUUUGUGAUUGAAAUGGUCGGCACUCUGGCUGUUCAAGUUGUCUUCUGGUGGAUACCAUCGGCUUUGUUUGUUCUUCUCGACUAUCUUGCCCCAUCCUUCGCAGCCAAACACAAGAUCCAACCUGCUCCAAAGCAGCCCAGUUACUCUGAAAUCAUGGAUGCAAUCGUCAUAUCUUUGAGAAAUCAAGCUAUUGUGCUCGCGCUUCAGCUUUCCUUGGCUGCUCUUGCGAACCUACAAAAUCAGCCGUCCCCUUUUCAGAUCACAGCACCAAUACCAUCUGCAAAGGCUUUUGUCUUCGAUUUUACAAUCUGUCUGGUAGCUCGGGAGAUCCUGUUCUACUAUUCCCACCGGCUCUUCCAUGUUCCUUAUCUAUACCGUCGCAUCCACAAGAUCCACCACAAAUUUAAAGCACCUGUUUCCUUCGCAUCACAGUAUGCGCAUCCCGUCGAGCACAUUGUCGCCAACACUAUCCCAAUAGUCCUACCGCCUAUUAUUCUGCGCACUCACAUAUUAACAAUGUGGGCGUUCGUUGCUUGGCAACUCGUUGAGACAGCUACGGUUCAUAGCGGAUAUGACUUCUUUGGAGGUGCAGCAUAUCGUCAUGACCGCCAUCACGAACGAUUCGAUGUUCACUUUGGAGGUAUGCCGUGGUUAGACUGGUUUCAUGGGACUGAUGGGCGAGAGCGGCUAGCGAAAAAGAAAUCUUAA